AAGAAAUAACAUGUGGGUUAACGAGCGUUUAACCUGAAAGCCUCCCCCGGAAGCUGCGCUGCGCGCGCUGCAGCACUUGACUCUCGUGCAGCCUCGCAGGCCACUUUCCUUCCUCGAGGUUGACUGGUAGUGACGCAGGACAGACGGAACGAGAAGAGCAGGGCUCGAGGGCAGGCUAAGGACAGGGAGAAUGGUGGUGAUGCUGGAAGGACUGUAGCUUCCAUUCGAGGGGGUCAGCACCGCUUUGCCGACUGCGACGUAGUAUCCUAUAUUCAGGCUUCCCGUGAGAGACAAUAAUUAGCAUCAUCUCCUCAUCGUCGGGGCGGAUCAGGUUGGAUACACUCCCAGGUUGCAUUGAUCCCCGCCCCUGAGUCGCCUUGUCGUUCCGUUUGGUUACCGAGCACCAAGCAGCAUCCAGUCGGAAAGACAUUUGGACACCUCUCUCCGUCCCGUCCCCCCCGUCCCCCGCCCCGCGUAGAACGUCUCCAUCAUGAACUACCUGCGUCGACGACUCUCGGACAGCAAUUUCAUGUCCAACCUGCCCAAUGGCUACAUGACCGAUCUCCAACGCCCCGACGCGCCGCAGCAAAGCCCCGCAGUGUCGCCCGGCCCGACGGAGAGGCGCCAGUCCUCCAGCCAGCCGCUGCCGCAGCAGCAGCAGCCGCCUGCGCCGCAGCAGCUUCAGCAGCAGCAGCAGCAGCAGCAGCAGCAGCAGGCGCAGCCCGGAGGUGGAGGCUCCGGCUUCUUCUCGUCCUUAUCAAAUGCUGUUAAACAGACCACGGCGGCCGCGGCUGCGACCUUAUCCGAGGCGGCUGACCGCGCGGGAGUCUCCAGCAGUGCCAAGAUCCUCCUGGUUAUCGACGACCUGCAGACCGACUGGGUAAAGGUCUUCAGGGGAAGAAAGGUCCACAGUGAAUUCGACAUCAAGGUCGAACAGGCAGAAUUCUCUGAAAUCAGCCUGGUGGUGAAUUCCACAGGCUCUUACAAUGUGGACAUUGAUGCAAUCAGGAACGGCCACAAGGUUACUAAAUCCUUGAAGCCAGACUUUGUGCUGAUUCGACAGCAUGCCUUCAGCAUGGACAAGAAUGGAGACCACCGGAACAUAGUGAUUGGACUGCAGUACGCUGGACUUCCAAGUGUGAACUCUUUGCACUCUGUUUACAAUUUCUGUGACAAACCAUGGGUGUUUGCUCAGAUGUCGAGAAUCUCCAAGCAACUGGGCCCGCAGGAGUUCCCUCUGAUAGAGCAGGUUUACUACCCGAACCACAAGGAAAUGAUUACCUCCCCCCGCUUUCCUGUAGUGGUGAAGAUGGGCCAUGCUCACUCAGGAAUGGGAAAGGUAAAAGUGGAUAAUCAAUAUGAUUUUCAAGAUAUUGCCAGUGUUGUGGCACUGACCAAGACUUAUGCCACAUCGGAGCCCUUUAUUGAUGCAAAGUAUGAUGUACGCAUCCAGAAAAUCGGCAACCAUUACAAAGCUUAUAUGAGAACAUCAAUUUCUGGCAAUUGGAAAACCAACACUGGCUCAUCCAUGCUUGAGCAGGUGGCCAUGUCAGACAAGUACAGAAUGUGGGUGGACUCUUGUGCUGACAUCUUUGGAGGGUUGGACAUCUGUGCUGUGGAGGCUCUUCAUGGAAAGGAUGGCAAGGACUACAUCAUAGAGGUUGAUGACUGUUCGAUGCCGCUGAUCGGGGACCAGCAGGACGAGGAUCGAGUUCAGAUUGCAGAGCUGGUGAUUUCUAAGAUGAACCAGGCUGUUCCACGCACUUUGAGCUCUUCCACAGCAGGGCAGCCAGCACAGAAAGCAGUGUCUCCUCAGCCUGUCUCACAGACCAAAGUACCACAGGCUCAACAACGCCCCUCACCUCAAGGUGGUCCUCAGCAAAGUCCCCCAUCUCAGCAGCGCCCACAGCCUCAAGGCCAACCUCCUGCACAGGCCCAGCAAUCUGCAGCAAACCCAGCGACAGGUGACCCCGGCGCUCAAGCUAAGACUAACCAAGGCUCUGCAGCCCUGCCACGGUCCCCAGGUCAGGGAUCCCCUCAAGGCCAGAGAACUCCCUCUGGUCAGGGCUCUCCUCAGCGAAGCCAGGGCGGUUCACCUCAAACUCAGAGGCAACAAUCCGUCCCCCUGCAGCAGAAACCUCAACAGAGGCCAGCUCAGCUCCCCAGGCAGCAGUCACAGGGGGCAGCACAGCAACAGAAGGCUCCCGGCCAGCAAGGUCGCCCCGGAGGACCCACCACCCAGCAGCCCCGGUCUGCUGCUCAAGGCCACGGGGGCCCAGGAGGACGACCCCCGCUGCAGCAAAAGCCUCAGCCACCAAAUAAGCCCAGUCAGGACAACCCGGCUAUGGGCGGCUCUCCGCAUCUAAACAAGUCCCAGUCUCUUACCAAUACCUUCAACAUUCCAGAAACCCCAGUGCCACGAGCCAGCCUUAGCCAGGAUGAGGUGAAGGCUGAAACCAUACGAAAUCUACGCAAAUCUUUUGCCAGUCUCUUCUCAGACUGAGAAGGCAACCCUCCCCCCCCCCACCUGCUCUCUCUCUUCUCCUACUGACAGAAAGGUGGACAGGCGAACUGAAGGAAAGUUACCCCCCCCCCCCCCCCAAGCGAACAAGGACCAACAGGAUCCAAUUCAUGUACAUUGACAAUGAAAUGAAAAUGUGCACAUGACACACACUGCCUAAAUCGAUAACACCUUUUGAAAGUGAACAAAAAGUAGAAUACACAGUUAAUUUGGGCUCUGGUAUCUGAAACAUUCCUCGUCUUGCCUCAAAUUUAAGUAGGUAUCAUCCACCAAUUGUGGUACAAAACAAAACAUCACCGAACACAGCCUGUGUAUGCAUGAAUUCACAUACGCAAAGAUGUGAAACAAACAAAAUUCAACUCCCACUUGUUUGUAGGCACACUGAAGUCAUUGUGAUCUUAUGUUGGCAUUUUGGUCAGUCGGCCGAGCGACUGUAAGAAAAUCUGAAGUGGAAGUGUGCUUAAUCUAAUAUUUUAUUUCAUAAAAAGCAUGGUCCUCCCUAGUGUUUUCCCAAAAUUGUCAACAUUAUAUAUUUAUGCCAAACAUAAUACAACAGUGAAAAUACAGCCUAUUUUAAUAUAGACACUAAUAUAUAGACUAAAACUGAUAUUAUACCUUGUGUAUAUGGAAAAAUGGCACUCUAUGGCACAGAUUAAUAACACUUCUUUUUGAUUAACUAUUUUAUCUAUUUUUAUAUAAUUCAUCUCACAUAAACAACAUAUACGUGACCUAUAAUAGACGGGGGGUAAGGUAUAACAAAAGAAACAACCUUCUCCACUCUGCCCAAAAAAUCACACUGCACUCUCCUUUGCAAAAAUGAAGAGUUACAAUAUCCUUUUCUGACCAUUUUCCGGCCCCCAAAAUCAUUUUUGAGUGCUUAACACAGCGCAGCUGCACACGUAGGAUGUCUCGUAUGAGUUAAUGCUAGAUCUGUUCGAGCUGUUGACCGCUCAUGGUGAUGUCUUAGCUGCAUGUCAUCAGGAGGCAAUGGUCACAUUUACCAACCCCUGACAUUGGCGCUUGUAAAUGUGUUGUCACACGUAGUCGAAUUUAUUAGUGCAGUAACCCUAGUAGGUGUUGUAAGUUUGUUGUUGCUGCUACUUUUUCCCCCGCACAAAAUCAAAAGCCUAAAAGCUCCCCCCCGCCCCUUGAAAGCAUGGCAAGAACGUUAGAUCAAAUGGAGUUGUCUCAGGGAUUUCCACUUGAUUGUGACACUUGUGAGGGUUAGGGUCUUCCAUUGCAGUUUUAUUGUGCUUGUUUACUAACAAUGGUGGAAAAGCAUGCAUUUUAAUAGGGUAGAGUGUUUCUAUUAUUUCAAAUGCAUUUGCACACAGAGAAUACUGCAAAAUUAUACUUGAAUACAGCGACAUUGACUUAUGUAUGAAGUCUUUAUUCAUCCGCGACUUGACAAAGCAAAAACUCGGUGGUCCCAACCUGGGGUGCUGCUGAGUGUGUGACAGGUGUGGCACAGAGGGAAACAACAUAGGCAGGGUUUGCAACCCUUCAGGUACAGAUAGUGAAAAAUGUGAUUAUUUACAGACCCUUGAUUCCAUUGUAAUGUAAUGAAAGAGCUUCUUUGCAGAUUUACAGUAACUUAGUGGUUUAUUUCAGGAGUUAGUUGAUGCAUUGGGAUUUUGCACUUAAGUAACUCCGAACCUGAUUCUGUUUCAUACAAUGCAGCGGAUGUUCUGCUUCCAUGCCCCUUGGUUUUCAAUGCGUUUUUAGUUUGUAAAAGGACUAGACUUAAUACAAAAAAAAUGUAAAAGUAUAAGAAUGUUAAACCGGGUUUAGCCCUGCAGUAGAUUUAGUACUUCCUGCAACCUUGCUUGCGCUCCUAACUUUUUCUUUUAUCACUGCAGAAAGUCUAUUCUGUUUCCAGGCACUAAAUUGUCUUCCAGAAGGAGUGCUUUCCAUUUGAAUGUCAACGUAGUAUGGCAAUAUCAGGCUUUUCUGGAGAAGACCCAAUAGCCACAAGUAAAGGAACCUUGGUUCCCCUGCAGAUUCCUCAUGCCGCUUGUGUUUUGUGUAGCCACAGUGACCCCUUGUGCUCAAUGGUGCAUAAACGUGUGAAUGUUGUUGUGUAACUGGUCAAACCAAAUAGAUGUGUUGUACAGAGCUCUGAGUGAUGCAGAUUAUCACCUUCAUCCGCUGCUGCUAUUUGUGCUCGUUGAUAUUACGUGUGUCUCUGAAGUUUUUAUUUCUUCAUUCUCGGUUCUUUAUUUUAACUAUUUCUACACACUUCUUUUUUUUCUGAGAGGCAGGAUUAUCUGGGGCUUGUAAGCUUAUGCAUUAGUGAUUCAGGGCUUCAGUUUUCUAUUUUACAGUGACUCAGUUUCAGUGCAUGACUGUCUGAUUUAUUGUGGAACAGCCCAAUUCCAAGAGACAUCAGUAAUAGCAGCUUUGUGUAAUUGUCACACUGAGUGUAAUUUAUGAAAACGAGCCAUCACAAUAAGCCUGGAUGGUUAACUUUGAAAUGUGUCAUACUGUGGUUCAAAGGCCUGCUGGCCAUUACAAGAUAUCAUUUGCCAUGGCAACUCCUGAGACUGACAAGAUGACAUGUGACAAUAGUGCAAAUAACUGGUUGUAUAUUUUUACGUUUUGAUAUUCACAGAUUGUUUUUUCUGUUGUAAAAGUUUACAUUAUUUAUGGUGGAUAUAUCUGUGAAUGUACACUUUUUGUUACAGUCAAUUUGAUUGUUUUCUAUAUGCAUUGUAUUACCAUGGUGGAAAGAUGAACUCUUUUUACAUUUGAGUUGAACUGAUUGUCAGUUGAUGCCUGCCGGAUUUUGAAAUGUAGAUCAUAUAUGUAAAGUGCAAGAAUCAAAAAGCUGAAGUUUUUUGUCAAUCAAAAAAUUAGAUAUUGCAUAAUGUAGAUCAUGGUGGAAUUGAAUCAAUGUAAAAAAAAUAUGUAUUUAAUGUUAUAUGCAAUGUAGCUAUAUUAUGUGAAAAUAAGUGAAAAUGUGAUUAAAAGAUGCACAAUAAAGUCUGUGACCAACAAUCA